GCCACUAGGGCAGCUUAGGAGACUGGAUCUGACUGGACUUGCUCAGUUCGCUUAAUCACGCUCGAACAUCUCUGAACUGGCAGUUGUGGGGCACCUUUACCGGUCUCUCGUCUCGUCUUUUUUUUUUGAGGAUCUUUUUGUAUCAACGCUGAUCCUCAGUUCAACUAACUGAAUGGUUGAGGCAGGAGUGCAGAGUGGUAGCUGCCGGACCAUAAUAUCUAUAUUUACACAAUCGCAAUCCUCCAACUUGGGAGAGUGAGACUCCCGCAAAGGCCAGCAUCAUCCAUCUAUUCAUGGUUCCAUCCAUCGUUCCAUUCAAAGGAGAUGUGCAGUGUUGACCGUUUUGGAGUGCUUGGUUGAGUUCGACCCAUUCUCUAUCCCGCUCACUCACGUGUCUGUGACCUGUCUAUACAUAGCAUACUACAUAGUGGUGGUUGUGGUAGUACUUACUGGUGAUCUCUGUCAAGCAGGGCGUUUGAGAGAGCAACUGCCAUCCUCUCAUGUUUGGGUGGCUUGGAUUCCUGGAGUUACAUUUCUAAUCAGCCCCCAUCCUCACGCAUCUUCAUCAUGAUGGGAUUGGGGCGACUCCGUUGGUCGGAUGUCUUCCUCAUCCUCGGAGUGCUCACGAGCUCCACAUGGAGUCAACAAAACAAUUUGGCGUCCCCAACCACCUACAGCAGUCAAGGCUUCUUCCUCUACGGAUCCUCCUACGCGGUCACCUCUCACACCUUGGAGUUGAAGGCCCGGACAAAAGUGGGGUUCUCCUUUCGGACUUGCACCCCGGGUGAACUUCUCAGACAAACUGGGAACACCCUCGAUCAACUGCAAGUGAGGUUAGACGAGUCGGGUCGUGUGAAUCUGAUCCUGUCUAAAGGGGAUCAAACCGUGAGCAAAUUGGCGGGCAGGGACCUCAUCGACGGCCGUUGGCACUCGGUCCUCAUCGAGAUCGGAAGCAAUCUGGAUCAGAUCUCGCUGAGUGUGGGCUCGCCCAAUGAACAAGAUGCUCGGGUAUCCGCCACGAGCCCGGAAUUGGGUAACAUGCUCACCACCAUCAAUCUGAAUGCCAGUACACCUCAAUUGCGGGUGGGUGCGGGCAUGGUUGCGUGCAUCCGAGAGGGACCAAAUGUGCGGUUCACAGAUCCUUCCCUGAGUAUCAACAGCUUCGGUGUGGAUUGGGACCGUUGUUUAUUGCCCUUCACUUGCCAAGGCUACGAUUGGUCACACCUGACCCUGGAUUCCCCUUCCACCUCUUCAGUGUGCCCGCCCAAUCAUUGCCAGAAUGGCGGCCUUUGCUUGCCAGCCAUUUCCGCCACUCAACCCACGUGUUUGUGCCCAUCGUUCUUCACUGGACCCACGUGCAACGAAUCCAUGGAUCCGGCCGUCAUAACGAGUUGUGACGACAAGCCAUGUCAAAACGGCGGCCUUUGUACGGAAGAUUCCUUGACUGGAGGAUUUCAGUGCAAUUGCUCGGGCACUGGCCAUUCCGGAUCGUAUUGUCACGUCCAGAUCAACCCUUGUGCGACAUUGAGCCCUUGUCAGAAUGAAGCUUCGUGUUAUGACUUGCCCACGGGCGGGUUUUUAUGUGAUUGUGCCGCUGGAUUUGCGGGUCCCACAUGCGACAAUAGAAUCCCUCCUGCGUCAUCACGGUCCCUGACUGCGGUCAGUGGGGCAGUGACCGUGGCCACGACUAAUACGGUGGGCAAUCCAUGUGUCAAUGGCUAUUGCUUGAAUGGAGGCGAGUGUUUCUACCAAUCGAUCGAAGACAUUGCUCGUUGUAGCUGUCCCGAGGGCUUCACUGGAAUCAGAUGCGAAAUCCCCCCGUGCGAGGCCCUCAAUUGCCCGGACAACUCGGAGUGUCGUCUCAACGUCAGUACCUCUCAAUAUGGUUGCGAGUGCAUCCAAGGAUUCGCUGGUAACCCGCCCGUCACGCCGUGCUCAGCGUCUCAAGAUUGCAACACUGUGCCAUGUGCUAAUGGAGGCGUGUGUUCCAACCAACCUGGCACAGACUUCUAUCAAUGCUCAUGUCCCAUUGGGUUUGCCGGUGAUCUUUGCCAGAUCAUCACGGAUGAUUGCCUGGCUGGAAAUCUUUGUCAGAAUGGAGCCACUUGCCGCAACUUGCCCGAGCCGCAAUCCGUGGAGUGUGAAUGCGCCCAAGGGUUCACGGGCGAGUUUUGUUCGCAAGACAUUAAUGAGUGUCAGACUGCUCCUUGUUUGCGUGGCACUUGCCAGAACUACCCUGGAGGAUUCAAAUGCAAUUGUGACCCUGGAUGGACGGGUCCAAAUUGUGAGGUGAAUAUCAAUGAAUGUUCCUCGAAUCCGUGUCAAAAUGGAGCCACGUGCCAAGAUCAGAGCAACGGAUUCCUCUGCGUCUGUCAACCUGGAUUCACAGGCCUGAACUGCGAGACUGAUAUCGACGAAUGCGCCUCGAAUCCGUGUCAGAAUGGGGCCACGUGCUCCGAUGGUGUGGCAAAUUUUACAUGUGCUUGUACGUCCACCUUCAUGGGUGCCAUUUGCGACACGCCUUACGAUCCUUGUGCAGUGAAUUCGUGCCAAAAUGGAGCUCCGUGUCAGAAGACCAAGGAUUAUCGUGAUCCGGACAACGAUUUCUAUUGCGAAUGUCCCAAUGGUUUCGAGGGCCUCAGGUGCGAGAACAACAUCGACGAUUGCCUCAAUGCAGAGUGCCCCUCGUACAAGGUGUGCGUUGAUCUGGUGGCCCAAUACGAGUGUCAAUGUCCCCAAGGGUUUGCGGGCGAGAAUUGCACUCAAGAGAUCGACGACUGUCUCUCAAGCCCCUGUUCCAACAAUGGGUCGUGUGUGGACCUUAAGGACGGAUUCUUGUGCAAUUGCUCCGAAGGUUGGGAUGGAGCCACUUGCUCGGACGACAUUGACGAAUGUGCCUUGGAUGCUAAUCUGUGCAACAACGGGAUUUGCCGAAACACGGCGGGAUCCUUUGAAUGCUUCUGUCGUCCCGGGUUCUCUGGGAUUCGCUGCAAUCACGAAUUCGACGAGUGUCUCUCGCGACCUUGUCAAAACGGCGGAAAUUGCACUAAUCAAAUCAAUGCUUACGAGUGCGUCUGUCCACCUGGAUUCUCGGGGAUAAAUUGCGAAGUCAACAUCGAUGAAUGUGAGUCAGAACCUUGUUUGAAUGGAGGAACAUGCCUGGACGGAAUCAACGAUUUCACGUGCACCUGUAUUCCCGGAUUCACGGGUUUGGGAUGCGAAAUUAACAUCGACGAAUGCGAGCCUGCUCCGUGUCUGAAUGGGGGCCUUUGUUUGGACGGAAUCAACUCCUACACAUGUCUCUGUAACGGAACCGGGUUCGAAGGCACCCAUUGUGAGACGAACAUUGAUGAAUGCGAGCCUCAACCAUGCCAGAACAAUGCCACUUGCACGGAUGGGAUCAACGACUACGAUUGCGCCUGUUUCAGUGGCUAUAAAGGCAAGAAUUGCGAGAUCGACUUCUCGGAAUGCUUGGAUCGGCCUUGCCAAAAUGGGGCUCUCUGUUUCGAGAUGUCAAAUAUGACGCUCUAUCGGCCCGAAGUGAUGGCUGAACUCCCCGAGGACGUCAGAGAAGGAUUCAACCAAUCGUUCAGCUACUUCGAUGCCGAUGGCUAUGUUUGCAGUUGCUUGCCCGGAUACGAAGGUUCGAAUUGCGAGAUUGAUAUUGACGAGUGUGCCAACUCACCUUGUCUCCAUGGGGAGUGCCAAGACGGAAUCGCUCAUUACUUCUGUGUUUGCAACGAUGGCUACGAAGGGCAGAAUUGCGAAUUUGAGAUCGACGAAUGCGACCGUUAUCAGCCUUGCCAGCAUGGAUCCUGCACAGAUCGAAUUGCGGAUUUCGUUUGCAAUUGUGAGCCCGGUUGGGGUGGAAAGAAUUGUUCGGUGGCUUUGACCGGGUGCCAAGAUGUGGUUUGUCUCAAUGGUGGCACCUGCACCCCUUGGUUGAUUGGUGAGAACGAUCAUCGAGCCAAUUGCAGUUGUCCCAGCGGAUUUGAUGGUCUCCGAUGUCAAAGCCGGACCACGUUCUCACUCAACGGAAAGUCCUUCAUCAAAGUUCCAUCGGAUAGGUCUGAGGGAUACGAAUUGCAUAUGAAGUUCCGAACAACUCUGGGCAAUGGUCUUGUGGCCAUUGGACAAGGCCUGACCCACUUCAGUCUUCAAUUGCGCCAAGGAAAGUUGAACCUCCACUCGAACUUGAUCAGCAAAUAUGAGGGUAUUAUCAUCGGAGACCAACUCAACAAUACCGAAUGGCAAAAAGUGUAUGUGGCCGUUAAUUCCUCCCACUUGACCUUGGGCGUCAACGAUCGAUUGCAAGCGACCCAACCCAUCAAUCCAACUGGAGAGAACGAUACCGUGUUUUUUAAUACUUAUUUGGGCGGGAUCGUUCGAGAUCAACAGAUUUUGGCCAACAACGUGCCCUCCUUCACCGGAUGCAUCCAGGAUAUUGUGGUCAACGACAUGAAAAUCACAGAGGAAGAUUUCAAGGAUGGAGUUGGACGCGAUGUAGAACAGAUCAAUACCACUCCCGGAUGCCCAAGAGUUGAACAAUGCGAUCCGAACCCCUGUCAAAAUAAUGGAUAUUGUACGGAUUUGUGGAGUGAGUACAAGUGCUCUUGUCAUCGACCGUUCUUGGGGCCUUCCUGUCAAUACAAUUACAUUGGAGGCACGUUCGGUUACGAAAACACCACGGACAGUUUGGCAGUGGUGAAUAUCGAUAAUCCCCGAAUCUAUCGCUCGGUCGUGGACAUCUCCAUGUUUAUCCGAACUCGAGAGAGUCAAGGUUUCAUAUUCUACAUCGGCUCAGAAAUCGAUCACCCCACUCAAUCAUACAUCACGGGAAGACUCUCGGAUGGAAACCUGGUGGUCCACGUGUAUUUUGAUACCAAACCAGAGCGUUUCCAAGUUUAUACGGUCAAUCUUUCCGAUGGAUAUCGGCACUUUAUCCGUGUGGUCCGGAUGAACAACUCUCUGAUGGUCAAGGUCAACGAAACCGUGUCCAUCAAUCACGAGAUUCCUUCUAUUCGAGAGUUUGUGGCCAAGAAAGUCUACUUGGGCAAUCUUCCCACCACUGAACCGAUCACCAACCCGGCCACCACCUCCACCUCAGCCACAACCACCAACGAACUUGCUCAAUUCGUAAGCGUGUCCAGAGAUGACCCGACCACUUCGGGCUCCACCACAAUAACCUCGUUUGCGGAGGAAGAAAAUGCGACCAACGAACCCGAAGAAGACGAGCUGACCACUACCCUCGCCUCGAACGAGGAACAACUCAACUCGGUCCAAUCUGAAUUCACCACAUUGGUCUCUCCCAGAUCGUUCUUCCCACCAGGAGAAUCUGAUCCCACAGAUACAUUAGUCUCUCCCUCCUCUGUCUCCGCAUCGUCAUCCACAUCGUCGAGCUCAUCUGAGGUACCUGAACCACCCACAAGCCCGAAAUCGGCAAUUGAGGAAAAUCUCACCGAGGAAUUCGGUCAAGAGUCCGAAACGCCCUCAGCAUCACCGGUCAUGGCUCAGAUGCGAUUUAGGCGACAAGCUACGACUGCCCCCCAACCCGCAUUGCCCAACGAACGAUCCCCACGCUACUUCAAAGGCAUCAUUCAGGAUGUUCAAAUCGGAGAUGGUGGCAAUGUGACCCGGAUUGUGGAGCUGUUUCAGUUUGAAUUCGAAGAUGGAAUUCACCAUCCUAAAUCAAUUGGCCAAGUGUCGCUGGUGAGUGUGGAAAAGGGCGUGGUUUCAGACGACACCUGCUCUGUGGAUCCUUGCCAAAAUGGGGGUACUUGUGAAGUCACGUGGAACGAUUACACAUGUAAUUGUACCCCCGGAUUCAUGGGAAGGAACUGCGAGAAAAUGGAAUACUGUUAUUGGUUUACCUGCCCUGGAAAUAGUCAAUGUGUUUCCUUGGACUACGGGCAUGAGUGUAUCAGUAAUGCCACUUUCAACGGCGAGAACUCCACCCUGACUUAUUCAGCCGUCUUCAACGUUACCGAAGAAGAACGUGUCACUCUUGGUCCAUUACCCAACGAGGUUAUGGCCGUGUUCCGUACCAAGUUCAACGGCACCCUCAUUCAUAUCAUCGGACUGAAUGAAAUGCAGGGCAAGGAUAUAAAGAUUGGUGUUGCCGGUGAGCAGCUCGAGAUCGAUAUUCCCGAACAAGGACCCGAAAUCCGGACUGACGUGUUUGGCUAUGGUGUCAAUGACGGCAACUGGCACACGGUCAAAUUGAUAUUCGAGGCUGAUGGUGUGGUCACGGCCUAUCUUGACGACUCUCAAAGGAAAAAGCUUUCCUUGGACUCGUACGUGAAUAUGAGUACGUACUUGCCGCAAGCGGAUGUGAUUGUUGGAUCAGGGCGAAGCUCUGCCCAACCCAAUGAGCGAGAUGCUUAUGCCGUGGGCGUGACCGCUGAAGAUUUCCCCAUCGAUGUCCGAGUGAGUCCCUUCUCCAAUUCCAUCGAAAACCAUUACUUCCGCGGUUGUGUGGGGGAAGUUCGUGUAGCCGGACUAUUGCUCCCCUUCUACACUGACGUGGAAAUUAAGAAUGUCACAACCAAACGACGAUUCACCGUUGAAUCCUCCGAAUCCAUUCAUGAAGACUGCCAAUUGUGUUACCAAGAUGAGUGUAUGAAUGGAGGAGAUUGCACAGAUCCCAGCGAGAUUUUCGAAUGUUCGUGUCCUCGAGGCUUUGAGGAUCCUUGGUGUAGCACCAAUAUCGACGAAUGCACUGAGAGCCGUUGUAUCAAUGGCAUCUGCAUUGACGGCGUCGCCAACUACACGUGCAAUUGCACCCCCGGAUGGACUGGAUGGCUGUGCGAUGUCGACUUUGACGAGUGUGUGGCGGCUCCAUGCCAGAAUGGCGGUAUCUGCACUCAGACCAUCCUACCGGGUAAUUACACUUGUGAAUGCUCCGACAAGUACAUCGGCAAGGACUGCGAGGAGCUCAAGAUCAAGACUUGCGAUCAGAGACCGUGUCAAAACGGAGCCACUUGUCGUCCAGGGGCGAGUUAUUUCUCGGGCUCAAACAACCAAUAUGUGUGUGAUUGUACGCCUGGAUUUAAGGGCGAGGAUUGUGAGAAGGAGCGGGACUUCUGCGAGGAGCUCCCUGACUCUUGUCUCAACGGAGCCACUUGUAUCUCGGACCAUUCGCGACUUAAUUACCGAUGCAAUUGCAUGCCCGGUUUUACGGGUACCAAUUGUGACGAAGAUAUCAAUGAGUGUGCGUCUGAGCCGUGCCAGAAUGGAGGCCAAUGUUCGAAUCAGGUGAACGCAUUCGAGUGCAAUUGCAAUGGAACCGGGUUCCGUGGACAAACGUGCUCGGAAAACAUCAAUGAGUGCUUGGCUAAUCCUUGUGUUUAUGGAGACUGCCGAGACACGUUGGGGAGUUACGAGUGCCAAUGUAAUGCCGGAUUCUGCGGCACUAACUGCCAAAGAAGCAAUCCAUGUUUGGAGGAUGUUGACCUAUGCUUCAAUGACGGUGUAUGCGUCCCGGCUUGUGAUGAAGAGCCUUUCUACACUUGUAAUUGCACCCAGGAUUGGACCGGCUUGAAUUGCACCCAGCAGAUUCCCGAACCGUCCCCAUUGCCCACGAAUGUCGGUGACGCUCGUCAUCUGAUCUACAUUGGAGCCCCGCUCGUCGGUAUUUUCAUGUUCUUCGCUUUGGUCGCGUUGUUGGUCUUUGUGUCCAUGGCCAAAAAGAAGCGAUCACUCUACGGAACCUACAGCCCUCAGAAGCAGGAAUUCAAUGCUCCACGAUUGGAAUUGCAGGAGCUCAAGCUGAAAUUGCCGCCAGAGGAGAGAUUGAUCUGAAAGGUCGAUCCAUUGUUCGGAUUCGUCAUGUAUUAUUCCCACAUCAGAGCGAGCCCGUUGCCAAAUAACCCACUACACAACGUCCCUCGUCUUCCUCAUAAGGUCCUUUUAAAUUCAUGCUGAACCAGAAACCAUUGAUCCAAUGCAGUUGCACCAGUGGCUCUGCUCUGUGUCGGAAUGGUUUGAAUUUUGGAACAAGUUCCUCGAAAAACCCCAAGAUGUUGCCAUACCUUUUUUGUACUUUUCCUUAGGAAUCUCGCGUUUUCUAUUGCCUUUUUGUGUGCCCAUGAUAUCUAUUAAUCCCCACUUUCUCAUAAGACCACUUGUCCAUGGUAACAAAGCAUUAUCACCACCUAUUGUCCCGUAAUUGGGGCUUUUUUGUAUCAUCAGUUCAUCACGUUUUAUAUUCCGCUAAUCCAACACCACAUGCACCCAUUUAUUGCUUGUCCAUCUAACUGUCUCAAUAUUUAAGCAAAGUGAUCAAAAAGCGUGCGUGCUAUUAGGUUCUUGUAGCCCGGAGUACAAGAACUCAAAAUUGAAGUCUAUUUAUACGAGAUGCUCUCAUUGGAACCGGAUUUUGAGAUCCGGUUCGUACUUCCAGAUAGCAUCCAUGUCAACACUUGAAUCAUAGGUAGUGUGUCAUCAAGCAACACGAAUAACAUUCCAAAAUGAACAAAAUAAAGCCAUAUUCUCAAAAUCA